AUGUUUUUAAGCCAAGACAAACGUUUCUAUGAUUUUUUCACAGUUAUGUUGGAUUCGUUUGAAGUUAGUACACUAAAUACACGACCGAUUGUUGAAAGGGUAAUAGCUGAAAUAAGUGCGGAAUUGAAAAAUCACGGUGUACAGCCUGAUCAAAGUAAGUUAUCGAAGAAUAAUAUUGAAGUGAUCAAAUUAAUAAAUUUAGUGAUCGAAUGUCGACGUAUGUUUCAUGAAAGUGAACAAGGAGUAAGAACCUUCAGUGAAGCGAUUGCAACCAUUCAUUUCAACAAAUUUAAAAGUCCUCUACUUAUCAAUUUCAACUUCACUGAAUUGAUCGACUGUUUCGAACGACAAAGGAAACAUCAUCAAAUGGAGGCAGAUCGUAGAAAUGGUUCAAUGUGUUACGUCGAUCUACCAUCACAACAUAUUGAAGUUAUCCAGAAGGUCGAUUGGGAAUUUGAUAAUUUCUAUAGUAUGUAUUACGAAUUCAGUAAAUAUAUGUGUAAGUACAUUAAAUCGAUGCAUUUCAAUGGUGUCGGUGUGUGUGUGUGUGUGGAUGAGAUUUGA